UUUGAUCUUUACCAAAAAAACAAAAGAAAAUUCAGAAAAUUGAUUUCAUGUCACUCAUCAAUCCAGGCACCUUCGUCUACCCAUUAGCGCCAAAAAGCAGUUGAAAUCAUCAUCUCUGUAAAUUCAUUCAAGAUUCCACACAAGGGUUUCACCGCAUCAUCGUUUACAUGGCGGCCGUCUCAGUCGCCGCCGAAUGGCAGCUCCUCUACAAUCGUUACUACCGUAAACCCGAGAUCUAUUCGAUGCAAUGGAAAAACGUCGACCUGGGUCGAAACAAGGUCGCCUGUGCCCAAUUCGGCGGUCCAAUCGCUGUUAUCCGCGAUGAUUCCAAAAUAGUUCAGCUUUACGCCGAAUCCGCCCUCCGUAAGCUCAGAAUCUUUAAUUGCGCUGGAGUUCAGAUCUCCGAGAUCGUAUGGAAAAACCCAGGUGGUCGAUUGAUCGGUAUGGCUUGGACGGAUGAUCAAAUUCUUGUUUGCGUUACUCAAGAUGGCACCGUUUAUAGGUACAAUAUCCACGCUGAACCGAUUGAACCGAAUAUUUCAAUUGGUAAGGAGUGUUUUGAGAACAGUGUGGUUGAAUGUGUAUUCUGGGGAAAUGGAAUGGUGUGUAUGAAUGAGGCGAACCAGUUGUUCUGCAUAUCUGAUUUUCAGAAUCCCAAGUCCAUUCAGCUGGCUAACUCAAAUCUUGAGGAAUUUCCUCUUUGUAUGACGGUUAUUGAACCUCAAUAUACUAUGUCUGGUAAUGUCGAGGUUCUUCUUGGAGUGAAUGAUCAUGUGAUUCUGGUUGAAGAGGAUGCGGUGCAGCAGGUAGGGGAUGGGGUUGGACCACUUCAAAAGAUGGUUGUUUCGCGAAAUGGAAAGUUGCUUGCAUCUUUUACCCAUGAUGGGAGACUUCUUGUCAUUUCCACGGAUUUUUCCAAGAUCAUUUUUGAGUAUACUUGUGAGUCAGCACUUCCACCUGAACAGAUAGCUUGGUGUGGAAUGGACAGUGUUUUACUCUAUUGGGAUGAUAUGCUUCUGAUGGUUGGUCCUUAUGGGGAUCCAGUGCGGUACUUUUAUGAUGAACCAAUUAUUCUCAUCCCAGAGUGUGAUGGUGUAAGGAUACUGACAAAUACAAGCAUGGAAUUCUUACAACGAGUUCCUGAUUCAACCGUGUCAAUCUUUAAGAUAGGAAGUACAUUACCUGCUGCUUUACUAUAUGAUGCCCUCGAGCAUUUUGAUCGCCAAAGUUCCAAGGCUGAUGAAAAUCUGAGACUCAUAAGAUCCUCUUUACCUGAAGCCAUUGAAGCAUGUGUUGAUGCUGCUGGUAAUGAAUAUGACAUCUCACGACAAAGAACAUUGCUAAGAGCUGCUAGCUAUGGCCAAGCUUUUUGCAGCCAUGUUCAACGUGAUCGUUUUCAAGAGAUGUGUAAAACAUUGCGGGUCUUAAAUGCUUUACGAAACCUUGACGUAGGAAUUCCUCUAACUAUUCAGCAAUACAAGUUGCUUACACCAUCUGUUCUGAUCAGUCGAUUGAUCAAUGUCCACCAACACCUGCUUGCUCUUCGAAUAUCAGAGUACAUCAGUAUGAACCAAGAAGUUGUGAUAAUGCAUUGGGCAUGUGCAAAAAUAACUGCUUCCCUGACAAUUCCUGAUGCCCAGCUCCUUGAGAUUUUACAUGAUAAGCUAAAAUUAUGCAAAGGGAUAUCUUAUGCAGCAGUUGCUGGUCAUGCCGAAAAGAAUGGUAGGCGGAAGUUGGCUGCUAUGCUGAUUGCACAUGAGCCACGUUCUUCCAAGCAGGUUCCUCUACUGCUAAGCAUAGGAGAAGAAGACACAGCUCUCAUUAAGUCUAUAGAAAGUGGUGACAAUGAUCUUGUUUAUCUUGUAUUGUUUCACAUCUGGCAGAAGAGGCCAGCUUUGGAAUUCUUUGGGACAAUACAGUCAAAGGCACUGGCACGUGAUCUAUUCAUAGCUUAUGCACAGUGUUAUAAGCAUGAAUUUCUGAAGGACUUCUUUUUGUCAACUGGACAACUUCAAGAUGUUGCUUUUCUUUUAUGGAAAGAAUCAUGGGAACUCACAAAAAAUCCAAUGGCAAGCAAAGGAUCUCCACUCCAUAGUCCUCGCAUCAAACUUAUAGAGAAAGCUCAUGGUCUUUUCGCAGAAAUGAAAGAGCAUGUGUUUGAAUCAAAAGCUGCUGAAGAGCAUGCCAAAUUGUUGAAAAUACAACAAGAUCUCGAGGUUGCAACGAAACAAGCAAUUUUUGUGGAUUCCAGCAUAAGUGACACUAUUCGAACUUGUAUUGUUUUGGGAAAUCAACGAGCUGCACUAAAAGUUAAAACUGAAUUCAAGGUUUCCGAAAAGAGAUGGUAUUGGCUUAAGGUUUUUGCUUUGGCCACAAUUCGGGAUUGGGAUGCCCUCGAAAAGUUUGCAAAGGAGAAAAGGCCACCUAUUGGUUACCGGCCAUUUGUGGAGGCUUGCAUUGAUGCAGAAGAGAAAGGUGAAGCUUUAAAGUACAUCCCCAAACUUGUAGAUCCAAGGGAAAGAGCUGAGGCAUAUGCAAGGAUCGGUAUGGCUAAGGAAGCUGCGGAUGCUGCAUCUCAAACCAAGGAUGGUGAAUUGCUUGGUCGGUUGAAGCAAACUUUUGCUCAAAACGCGGCUGCUUCUUCCAUUUUCGACACUCUUCGAGAUCGCUUGGGCGUUUCAUAGCUUCAAUUCUUCUUGUUUAAUUAUUUGUCUCUUUUUUCCUUUGGGUGUUUUCGGUGGUGAUGCCACUUGCUUGCGUGUGUUGUUUAUUGUCUUCUUCCUUUCCCUCGGGUUUUGUCCCGAUUAGAGCAAAGCAUCAUCCUUCACAUGCUCGAGCUUUAAUUCUGCUGGAGAAAAAAAAAACAGGAUUAUAAUUGGGUGUUUGUAGUGUUUUUUAGGCUUAGUUGAAUAUUUUUGUGAUCAAGAGACUUUUGGCUUGGCUUGGCUUCCAAAGGAAAUGCUUCCAUGAAUUACUACUA